UACGGUAUAUCGACGGUGUCACUUAGCCCGUGGGGUAGCUUCGGGGUGGAUCCAGCCGAAAGUACGGCGAGUGGGGCGCGUCAGAACGCGGGGGACGUUCGCGCUAGCGACGGUGUGUCCUCGACUUCCGCUUAGCCCGUUCGAAUCGCGUUCAAUUAACACGGAUCGAACUCGUGCGUUCGCGAUACGUUUCAAUCGGGGAGAACGUGCCUCGAGGCUCACGAUUUCGUCCUGCCUGAUUUUUAAUCGAACACAGGAUCCGUCGGGGGUGAGAUGAGAGACGAGAAUGCCGGAGGACGCGUGCAGGAAGCCGUACCAGACGAAAGGCCCGCGAACACAAAGGCCAAUGCCCGGAAGAUGAAGGAAACGAAGGAACAUCCGUGAAAUGGAAAAGCUCGCGUUCUGACGCCAGACAAACGUUCAAACGUUCCCGGAAGAGGCUCAGUAACGUUCAACGAUGAAUCGAGAAAACGAGGAACAGCGACCAGUCGCUCAAACUGUUUGCGGAGCUUUGCAAAAGGAACCGAAUUGCAAGUGCUUGAUACUUUCGGUGUUAAUAUACGGAUGCCUCGCCGCAGUGACGUGGUGUAAAUGCGCGAAUGUUGCCAAGAUCGAAAUAAACUUUAUGAGGUUCCCGAUUAGAGGCACGAGACUAGUGUCUCCCUGCGACGAUGGAUACAUUUACAUCCCCGUGGCAUUCAUGGGAAUGCUGUAUCUGGUUUACCUCGUGGAGUGUUAUCACUCGCCUAUUAGAAUCGAUCUGUUACACGCGGAGAGUCAAGAUAGCGUGUUAUCGAAGCUGUUGUUGCUGAAGUCCGCCCAGCCGACGAUUUGGUGGAAGGCCGUCUCCUACCACUACGUGCGCAGAAAACGACAAAUUACCCGGUACAGAAACGGAGACAAUUACACUACGACGCAGGUAUACUACGAGCGAAUAAACACCCACGCCGCGACGUCCUUCUACUACUACGACUACUGCGGCGUGAAGGAUAUCAGCAAGGACCUGAUCCUGGACCCGAAAGUGCCCAUAACGAAGAUCAAUCUCACCAAAGGGUUCGCGUUCUCCAACAUGAGAUCAGCGACGGAGUUCGAGGACGCUAGGUCACGUUUCUUCGCCGAGCAAGAGCUGAGGGACGACUAUAUGGAGAUGAGGGAGGGCCUCGAUCUUGGAUACAAUCCCAACCCAACGACCCUGGUGGCUGUCCUUGGGAACCCAUGGUUCACGAAUCGAUACGUGUACUGGUGCCUCAGUGCUUUGUUGCUCAGCUGGCCCCUAAGGGUGAUUAUCGAAUACAAGACGCAGUAUGCUGACUAUCAGAUCACGAAGCUGUUCGGCAUCAACUACGACACUCCAAGCGGAAGCGAGCCGAUCCACGCGUCCAUGAGCCAGCAAACCAUCAACCAAGCUGGAUCGUACAUGCUGGCGCCCAGUUACAGCGAGGCUCUCCUGAUGGAUCCAGUGCCCGACCAACGACCACCCGAAUCUCAGGAAGAGACCAUAACGGAAAUGGUGCCGAGUUACUCCGAGGCGUUGCUCUAUCAGCGAGCAGAGCAAGGCUACACCGCGAACGAGGACGUCAGUUUUAUCAGCGAGGACUCUAAUCGUCGAUAUGACACGCCUCACGAAUGUACAUGUCCUUGUCACUCCUCCACGACCGAAACGAGGACACCAGAGGAGUUUUCCAGACAGGAUGAACAGUCGAUCGACGCCACCAGACAACCGUUGAUAGAAACAACUAUCGAUAUCUACCAACCCUGUACGUCUGUCAGUCAAACAGAGACAGGAAGGUGCGGAAGUUGUGGGAAGUUCUUGGUUGAGGCGCAGUUGGAGAACGAAUCCAACAGAGUGGAGCCCGUUACCAGUUCUAUGGAAGCGAUUAGGAGCGUUAGAAGAGGAAUUAUCCCGAGGGACGUUUCCGAGCCGAAUCUCAGAUGUCGAUCGGAGCUGAUGGAAGGCGACACGAGGUUCCUUCGAUUGAACGGACAGAGUUUGUGGAAUAUCUUGGAGAACGAUCAAGAGGAAGAGCUGAGUAGCGACGACAGGGCGAGGGAGCCUUGUCAGAACAAGGUGAACGUUCCCGUGAAGGAAUUCAGGUUCUCCCUGUGCUCCCUGGAUGAUUCGAGGUCCAGAGAGACCGUCGAUGUAAGCAGAGGCGCCAUACCCAAAAGAACCGUUAGUCGAAGCAGAGUGAUCGCGAAUCCAAUGUCGGAUGAGACUUGCACCCUGCCGAAUUCAAAGACCUACUUCUGUCUCAAGUCGAUUCUCAAGCAGAACAAACGUAGGUACACUCUGAUCACCGCGAAGGAGCUUCAGAACAUGUCUAAUCGAGAGGAUGGGGACAUGGAGGAUCGCUGCGGGACCAGAGCGUCGUACCACGAGGGUUGCUCGGCUGCUUAUCCAUCGACGAGUGGGGGAAGAUCUAACUUGUUCUCGCGAUCCAGAGAGAGCUUAGACAGCGCGCUUGGUAGGAGGAAGAAGCAAUUGCUGAAGUGUUUGUCCACUGACAAGAACGAGGAUCCUGCAGGCUCUAAACGCGAGAGUAACAGGACCCUGAUCUUCGCCAGUUCAAUUCAGGAAGUCUGUCCUGGGGAUCCGUUCGGAGGCAAGGACGUGAUCCGUACCAGACAAGUGGUCGAUUCCACCCCCACAGAAGAAUCACCGAGCCACACAGUGCUGACCCAGCUCGGACGAUCCUUGACCUGCGAUCGAAAGGUGUCUCGACGUCGCUUCCAGGAGUCCCGCAGACAACGUUACUCGGACACUUCUCACCCAUCCUCUUUCUCAUGUCCACCCGAUCGUCAGCAUCCCUAUCCCUACGCGUUCUCAGCGUCCACGGACGCCGUGGACGGCAUCGACUUCGCCAAGAGCCAGACGUCCUCCCACGUCUACCAACACGGCAACUCCUUUCCUCCUUACGAAGGCUCCACUUGCAACGGGAAGUUCCCCGAUCCGCCGAUCGUCGAUCGCGUCUCCGAAAGCUCUUCCAAGUCGCCCACCAGAGAGCUGACUCGUUCGCUGACCGAGAGACGAACGAAGCCUGCACGAAACGAGUCCGGUCUACGUCGAAGCUUCACGGGCAGGGUCGAGGACUACCGAGCUGAGAACAGCAAAUGGCCAAACCUGAACAUGGAGACCUCGUUAUAACGAAGGGACGCUCACGGACCCAGUCUAACGUAAUUGUAAAUAUCCGUCCUUACGAUUUUCACGGUUCAAGAAUCUGUACAUACGGCGUAAAUACGAAUCACUAGCAUCGAGCGGGGCUAUUGCCUCGCUGAACGUGCCGCCUUUUGCUUAACGCGUACAUUUCGACGGUAGGAAUGAGCCAUAGAAGCACUGAUGUCUUUUGAUUGCUGUAGCGGUGAGUACUUGGGGAGCUGAUAGGUGAAGUAGUUGGUCAGAAUUGUUUGGUGACGAGAAUACUACCCUUGGCUGAUGCUUCUGACAAUGGUAGAUGCUGUGAGGACACUUAGGAUAUCUUUAGUAGGAUACCUUCUCCAUCGUGUCCUCGUGAAAUCUUCGGUAGACUUCCGAAUAUCCCUGAGGUGAAGUAGUUGAUUAGGAUUGUUUGGUGACGAGAGUACUACUCUUGGUUGAUGUCUCUGACAAUGGUAGAUGCUCUGAGGGCACCUAGGACACGUUCGAUAGGAUACCUUCUCCAUCGUGUCCUCGUUGAAGCCUUCAAUAGACUUCUGAAUAACCCUGAGGCAAGGCCUGCUGGGUAGAUUUACAUAGUGAGUCUACUAGUAGCUCGGUAGCUCCAUAACGAUCGUUCUCCAUACUCCAGUGUCUAAUGCAAGGCCACACAGGUAGCCUUAUGAGUCGAACGAGUCCAAUAAAAGGUCCAUUUUUCUCCUGGCCUCGAUCUAGGACCCUGGAUAUGAGCCGUUCAGUGCACAAAUCGAUUAGCUCCAUAAAACAAAAGGUUAAGGCCAAUCGCACACGGCGCAACCGAUUUGAAAUUAGUGUUGCAAACCGUUUGCGCUCUUUGUUUUACCUACUGAAGAAUUGAAUCCAUGGUCGCAUGCAACUAGUUUCAGAGUGGUUUGAAACUGAUCGCUUGCGCUCGUGUGCGAUCGGCCUAAGAAAUGCGAUGAAAUAUAAAAAGUUACGGCUAUACCAAGUGCUUUGACACUUAAAUUCCAGAUUUUUCAAAAAGUUGAGUUAAUCGAUUUGUGCAUUGAACGGUUCAUAUAGUCCUCCAUAUCCCAGUGUCUAAGUCAAGGCCAUAAGUAGCCUUGAGUCCAGUUGAAGUUUCUUUCUCCUGUCCUGGCACAUCGCCAGAGUCUGCAAUUAAGAAGAGCGCUUCGCCAAACAAACUUGACUAAUUGAUCCAUCUGCCAGCUGCACAAUCGCUCAUCCCAACGGUAAAUUGUCGUUUAGAAUCAUCCGUUACCGGACGGAGAGAGUACGAGCGUCUGAGACGCUAUCGAUGUUGCCAAUGGAAAUUAUCGCGUGCCCCGUUUAGGGAUGUUGACUCUCUAAAGAGUCCAUUGUACCUCAGACUCGGUUUCGUUCGAUUGCGGAUGAAAUUUCACGCGAGCAAUUGAUUCGGCGUCAAUUACGCGCACAUCGUAUAGCAUCUAAGCUUCACUCCCUGAUGGCUGAAGGGUUUCGAGGUGACACUAAGGAGAGAAAGCACGUGGCGACCUAGGAUUUGCAGGUUGAAAUCAUUUCCACGGGGUUUUCACCGUUCUAGUAUUCACGGUGAAGAUAGAGUAGGUUUAAAAUGCUAGGUAUCGGCUGCUUUUGAAAGUACUGUCGCUGGAAGAGAUCUUGUGUCGUAAAGUCGGUCGGAAAUCGAUCUUUACAUCUUAAGUUGACCGCAAUUAGUAAUCUGACACCUUUUUAGACGAGGACAGAGCUAGACUUUUCGUUCAGGGUCGUAUGGUAUCAGAAUUAGGAGGUUCAUAGUUCAAUAACUUUUUUCUUCUUAUGUAUGUUCACACAUAAUUCUGUAAUGCAUGAAUCGAUUACCAUAAGACUAUUUCGUUUUGUAAAGUUUUUGGUUUUUCCAAUUUGAAAAAACCCGCGUAGCAAACAUCAAGUUUUGGAGCCCCGGGGUGUAACGUGGGCAUGUAUACUUUAGAGUCGCGACACUCCUGUCCUCCUACGGAUCAGUUACCUGGGCCAAUAAAGCAAUAACUACUGUUUCGGUUUACGGCCUCACAAGAUCUCUUUCAGCGGCAGUAUACUUGCUGGUAGGGAUCUUGUGAGGUCAUAAAAUCGGUCGGAAAUCGAUCUUUACAACUUAAGCCGACCGUAAUUAGUAAUUGGACACCUUUUUAGACAAGGAUAAAGCUAAACUUUUCGUUCAGGACCGUACGAUAUCAGAAUUAGGAGGUUCAUAGUUCAAUAACUUUAUUCUUCUUAUGUAUCUUUGCACAUAAUUCUGUAGUGGAUGAAUCGAUUAUCAUAAAACUUUUUCGUUUCAACCAGUCAUCGUCAAGAGUUUUUGGUUUUCCAGUUUGGAAAAACCCCAGGUACUCGUAACGAAUCAUAUUUAGUGUUGGGGUCCCGAGGUGCAACGUGGGCAUGUAUCUUUAGAGCCGUGACAUCCUUGUCGUCCUAGGGAUCAGUUACUUGUGCCAAUAAAGUAAUAGCUGCUGUUUCGGUUUGUGACUUCUCAAGAUCCCUAACAGCGACUAUACCUGGGGACUUUAAAGAACAAACUACCCAUACCAGAGUCAUGCAUUUUGUUCCUGGCUAUUCGACUCGUAAAUUACAAAAGCUAAACUGUUUGAACCAAUGUUGUGGAUGUCUCUGAUACAAGUGACUUCUCCCGGAGAGUCGAAAGGUCGCAACAACGAAAUAUGGGACAGUUUUUAGAUUGGCAUUUAGCGUGGCAGUCAACGUGUCAAGUGGAUAACUUAAGAUUUAAUUGCUCCCCUUUCUCUCUGUUGUUUAAGUAGCGCAAAUUCAUACAAAAAGUUUUCUCUCGAGCAAGGUCUUCUUCAUUUCUCGAAUUCAUGGGAGUUUUGAAUUCGAAAUGUAAAUAUAGAGUUCAUAUUCAGCGAUAGAUAUUUGAUAUUCUUCGUUUACCUUGUAACUAACUUUAAAUAUCGUCGAAUCGUAUAACGCAACGUUUUCUUUGUCGUGUCGUGCCUCGAAACCCUUUUCAUCGGAUAAUUAACGAUCUCAUGCAAUACCUUGCACACACACACACACACACACACACACACACACACACACACAGCCGCGAUCGUGGGCUUUCAAACAAUUUUAUGCUUGCAGCGCUACAUGUUCUUCGGGUAAACACUAAUUACCUUCUAUUGUUCCGUAAUUCGUCAAUAGUUGAUUCGAAGUCAAUUUGAAUGAGUUACCAAGCGAAUUUGGGCGUAUAUAGUUCUAUCGGUAGAAUCGAAUGGGGGGAAUUUCAAUAACGUCUCGGAACAAUUGGUUAAUUAACCGAGAUUUUUCCAUGGCGAAUUAAUUUCUCGCGGCUUUCACGAAUUCACCGAGUAAUUUUCAUGAAAUUCGACCAAAUUACUCAACGAUUCUCCAUAGUGAAACGUGUUAACCCUCGACGAUGUCCUUCAGGCUUCAGGUCAAUAUAAUCGCAAGAAAAGAAGUAGGAAGAACGACGAAUUGCAAAAUUUUCAAGAAACUAUUGACAAUUUGAAAUUUCUUCGCGCUUCGUUCAAUGAACAAUUAUAAUUCGAAGAUGUAAUUUAAACGAAAUUUGUCCACCUUGACCCUGCUGGUCGAGGGUUAAUAUCGUUAAAAAGUAACAAAAGCAUCGAAUG